AGCAGGGGGGGAGGGGGAGGAAUUAGAAGAGUGAACAAGUUAGUUUGUGCUCAUAGGGUUUGCUUCCAUCACCUAUUUGGAAGACUCGUACUAAAAAGCUAGCUUAGCUUAGCCAUGAGUUCAUGACCCACAUCCUAGUCUUCUCCUCUUUACAUUAUUGGCUUUUUCCCUAUUAAGUUAGCACGAGUGAAGAGGGAAACCAGAACACCAUUGUAUCUAUGACAUUGUGGUGACCCUAUCUCUUUCUCUCGCCGUCUAGUGAUUUUAGUUUGCGGGUUGGUGUGUUUUUGGGUCCUGAAUGGAUGCAAUGGGAAAAACCAGAUCGGUUCUAACAUUGACAGGAAGAUUCAUAAACGAGGCUGUGAGCUUCUUUGUCUUCUCCAUUCUCGACCUUGUCGAUUUCCUCCUGUGCUUUCUCUACAAAGUUGCGGACCUUUUCUUUGAAGCCGAAUGGAAGCCUUGCUACUGCUCAUCUUCCAAAGAGGCCAUUACGAACAGCGGCAAGAUCUUGCUCUCAGAGCAAGGCGAGUCGAAAAUCGUCUGCCUUAGCUCGACGAAGCUACAGCUCGAGGAGAUCUCAGACACACUCUACACGCGCCCUUCGCUCUUAUCCGAGGUCUCCAAGAUGACUACGAGGGAGAACAAGAGAGGUUCGGCCGUUCGAUCCACGUUCACGGUCAACUCCACCAUCGUCGAAAUGCUUCAGGGAAAGAUUGGAGGCCAAAUAUGUCACCCUAUCCCGAGGUGGUCGGAUUGUGACUGUAAAUUCUGCACUUCUUGGACCUCUUCUUGCAAAGAAACCCUCUAUGUUAAAGCUGAAGGACCCAAAGAUCAUGAUGCACGAGAAGAUGUGCUAUUCAUUCAUGGGUUUAUUUCAUCAUCGGCAUUCUGGACGGAGACGGUGUUCCCAAACCUUUCAAGCGCUGCAAAAUCAAAUUUUAGGCUUUUUGCUAUUGAUCUUUUGGGGUUUGGAAGGAGUCCAAAGCCAGCCGACUCCAUGUACACCCUCAGAGAACACUUGGAAAUGAUUGAACAGUCCGUGCUUGAACCUCAUAAAGUUAAAUCCUUCCACAUUGUGGCUCAUUCGUUAGGCUGCAUUUUGGCCCUUGCCCUUGCAGUUAAACACCCCAACUCCAUCAAAUCCCUCACUUUACUCGCCCCGCCAUACUUCCCUAUACCAAAAGGGGCACAAGCAACACAACAUACGAUGAGGAUGGUGGCUCCGAGACGUGUUUGGCCGGUGAUUGCAUUUGGUGCGUCAAUUGCGUGUUGGUACGAGCACAUCUCACGGACGGUGUGCCUUCUCAUUUGCAAGAACCACCGUUUUGUGGAGUUUGUUGCCAAACUUGUGACUAGAAACAGGAUGAGAACUUUUUUGCUUGAAGGGUUCUUCUGCCACACACACAACGCAGCAUGGCACACACUGCACAACGUUAUAUGCGGCACCGCAGGCAAGAUGGACGCCUACUUAGACACUGUUCGAGACAAUCUAAAAUGCGACGUUAAUGUGUUCCAUGGCAGAGAUGAUGAACUGAUCCCAGUUGAAUGCAGCUACAAUGUGCAAUCGAGAGUUCCUCGUGCUCGCGUUAAGGUGAUUGAGAAGAAAGAUCACAUCACGAUUGUCGUUGGGAGACAGAAGGCUUUCGCUAGAGAGCUAGAGGCGAUUUGGAACAAUUCAUCUCCAAGUGGUUAAGAAUAUACAGAAAAUGAAAAAGAGAUAUCUUCUAUGAUAUGUUUCGGAUCAUGAGGCAUUGAGUAUGUAUGUAUGUGAUGUGAUGUUUUUUUUUUUUUCCAAGAUAUUAGAGAGGCUAGGGAUAAAAGCCGUGAGAAGCUGAUCAAGAUUGGGAGACUAAAUUUCUUCCUGUUCGACGUACUUCAAGGAAGUCUCAGAGGGCACUCAGCUAGCUAGAGGCCUCGGCAAUGUGAAAAUGACUACCCUAGUAGUGUAUUGUUGGGUCACUGGGUGACAAUAUGCCCUAAAGUUUAAGACCUAAGUCAUAAAAAUGUCAAGUGUUCUUUUCUUUGGGUCCUGAUCGAUAAAACUUCAAGUUGAAGAAGAUAAAAGUUUACAUUUAGUUUACAGUUUUCUAGC